AUGUUGAAAUCACACACACUACACUCCAAAAACAAAACCAACUCAGACACAAACUUACCCCAACUUCAACAGCGUAUCGCGCACAAAGUCGACGGCGAAAUCCUGACCUUCCAAGCACCCGUAGAAGUCCUCUCCAACGGUCAAAAAGUCGUCAUACUCCAACCCAUCCUCGACCUCUUCCCCGAUACUGCCGCACUCUGUCGUAAGGAUAAGCGGCCCAUCCCCUUCCUGACCAACGAGGAUGACGUUCUAUUGGUCCCUGUACGCGUCGAAUACGGAGAAGGGGAGACCUACUUUGUCGUUCCUUGCUCAGGUCCUCCACCUCCACCGCCACCACGCUCACAACCAAGUCCUUCACCGCAACAGCAGCAACAGGGACAUGCUCAGCCCGCAUCUCAACUGCCUCCUCACUCAACAGAAGCGGCCUUGUUGGCAAUCACUCAGGAAACGCCUGUCCAUGACCUUCCUGUACCUCGACUGUUCGUUGUCCUGCCUGCCCCAAGACCACGCGACUGGAACAAUACCGCCUCCAACCCAUCUUCGUCACAGUCUCGUCCUCCACCUCGACCCUAUCGGCUCUACUUCCUGUGCGACUGUGGGCCCGGGUUCACAUUCCCUCGCCCUCGCUCACGCCCUGUCUCCUACCACUCAUCCUUGUCACCAUUCGCAGAUACUGGAUCGACACGCGACCAAAACAACCCGAACGUGAGCCACAACAACGACACCGUCGACCAGGACAACUGUAUCCAUAUCGCCGAUCAACAGGGAUACGAUAUCCCUAACCUCCGACAGUUUUCAGACCAGUUCGGGGAAUACACGCUUAUGCUCCUACGUGCUUUUCAGCAGGGGAUUAACACAACGACGGCAAGGGGAACUGUCCAACAGUCGAAAAUACUUCUUCCGCCAGUCUCGCAACGACACUAUUCGGAUGUGCUCCAGCCGUUUACUUGGGACAUUGAGGAGCGCGUCUCGACAGCCAUUGCAACCUUUGAAGCACUGUCACCAGCCAUGCAGCCUCACAACAACAGCGGCAUCAACAAUGAUGCCCUGUCAGUCCCGACGAUAGAUCUUCACCGACUCUGGGAAUGUGUCGAGGGGCUCAAACGGGACCAAGAGAACAGAGUCCAAGCGAUGCGGCGCAUGUUUGUCAACGAUGGCACAGUCCGAUGGUUAUGUGAAGCCCAUUACCAGUCAACCUUCGGAUACGUCGGCGACGAUAGAGACAUGUUCCUGUGGAGGUGCCAAGAGAUUGUCGGAGACGAAGGUGAUCUGCUGUCAGAGCUGUCCCUGUCAGACCCUGCCGGAGAUACCUCUUCUACUUUUGCUGCUGGUGCCAAGAGCAGCAACACUGGCGGUGGUGAGAGCUCGGAUUCUGAAAGGGCUCUGUUGUUGCAGCCUGUGGCGUUUGACUAUCAAGGGAUGCACCUCCGGUUGACUGGCUCGCUCGAUCUCGGCCAGAUUGGUCAACUCAAAGUCGCGCUCAAGAGGGGGUACAUGGUUCAUGAGGUUACGUUGACGAUGGGGUUCCCCAACAGUCUUAUCCUCAUGGCGAUUGCCGACCUGGUCUCGGAUUCUACGAUCGGCGCGUGGAACGUGUCGUUUGUUGGCAAGAAGGAUGAUGAAUCGCCUCUGGUUCAGGGAACAGCUGACGCCAAGGAUCCCUUCACCCCUCCACCUUAUUCUUCGCAUGAAUCCAGCACAUUGUCCAAGGCGAAUACAUCUCUGCUCGAUUCUUCCAGUGACAACAACAAUGACAACAACAGUAACAACAAUAACCACAACACGACCCUCCACGCGCUUCAUAGCCUACUCGUCCUCGGAAACCUCAAACGCCUCCGAAUCCCAGAUCUGGACGCCCAUCUUUACCACUCCUUAGCCCCCGCUCCUGGAGAGUUCCCCCAGCUCCGCCAGCUACACGUAUGGGGCUCUAACCCGCUGGGGCAACCCAGCCGUGCAGGCGUCGGAGCAUGGGCUCCUAUCCGUCCAGCGGCGCUCCUGAAAGCCUUUGGUCUCUUGACUGAGCUACGGAUAACGGGGAUCUACCUUGGCAGUCGUACAAGGAAGCAUCAUCAAGGAAGAGACGACUGGCCAGAUGUCGCAUUCCUGAACGCCCCGCUUUAUGAGCUUGUCGAAUCCCUGGUCUACCUUCCCAACCUAUCUGUCCUCGAACUGUCAGCAUGUGGACUCCUACAGGAGAACUGUGGCAUCCUCUCACGAUCGCUCACAGUCCUCGAGACCCGGUUAACUCAUUUAGACAUCCACGACAACUGGCUCGAAGACGAAGGGCUUGCAGAACUCCUAUGGACCCUGGGUCCCCGGGGGCUGUUCAGUCUCGACGCCAGGAACUGUGGGUUCGGAAACAAGACUGCCUUUGCACUCGCCAGUAUCCUCCAAGCCCACACCCACGAAGCCGACCAAGAACUCCAACACGGUCUCCCAAGCCAGAUGCCAACUUUCCGAAUCCUGAAACUCCAAGAGACCUACCAACCCCAUCUCAGCCUCUACCACGACACCCAAUUCAACCCCAAGGACAAUGCACCACCGAGCAUGUCCCGCGUCCCAAAUCAACUCUCCCUCGAGGGCCGACAACACCUCAUCCAAGCCCUGGAACUCCUGAAUCCCCUAGAACUCUGUCUCUCCUUCAAGCUAGGCUUCACAGAUACGGAUUUCGCAAGUGCGUUUGCGGGAAUGAAGAGCCUGGAGAGUUUGGAGAAAUUGACCGUGGCAGAUUCGAAAUUUGGGGUGGAGGCGGUGGAGGCGAUGAAGCGGAGGUUGCAGGCUACUAGCUGUCAGUUGAGAGAGGUCGAUUUGCGGGCCACAGGGUUGACUCCUCCACAGCAGCAGGAAGCCUUCCAUCAGUUCCUUAACAUCUGA